AUUUUGCCAUUUUACGACUCAAAACUGUUAUCGUCUCGCGUGAAAUGGCGGCAUCUUCUCCUCUGAUUUUGCAUUCCUCGGCCUCCUCUUUCUACAGCGAAUUUCCGGCCCAUUCAAUUCGAUUGCCGGCCGUAAAUGCUAAGGUUUUAGCCCUGCCCAAUAAAUUGACGGUGAAAGCCUCAUCAGGAAUAGUAUUGGUGGAGAAAAGUGAAGCUGAAAAGGUUAAUCGCCUGAAAACAAAUUACCUCGAAAAGAUUGUUCCAAUGUUGAAGGAGGAAUUCAAUUACACCAAUAUUCACCAGGUUCCGAAGGUUGAAAAGAUUGUGGUAAAUUGUGGUAUUGGAGAUGCUGCACAAAAUUCAAAGGGUUUGGAUGCCGCAAUGAAUGAUUUGGCACUAAUUACUGGGCAAAGGCCAGUGAAGACGAGGGCUAAGAAUGCUAUUGCUACUUUCAAAAUUAGAGAAGGUCAACCGCUUGGAAUUGCUGUUACACUUCGAGGAAAUGUAUGUUGGCCUUUCUAUUCUGCUUUUUAGCAUUGCAAUUUUUUU